AUGUCUAGUGUGAAAGAAUUGACCACAAAUUUUGUCAAACUCAAGAAGUUUGACGGUGUGGAGUUUCGGAGAUGGAAGAAGAAGAUGUACUUUCUUCUUACAUCUUUGAAAGUAGCCUAUGUUAUUAGUACUCCAAGGCCUAGUGAACAUGAGAAAGAAUCCUUGGAAAAUGUUCGGGAAAUGUCAAAAUGGGACAACGAUGACUUUAUUUGUCGUGGUCAUAUUUUGAAUGGUAUGGAAGAUGAUCUUUUUGAUGUGUAUCAAAAUGUGGAGUCGGCUAAGGAGCUUUGGGAGUCCUUAGAAGGCAAAUAUAUGGCUGAAGAUGCUUCAAGUAAGAAGUUUUUAGUAAGUAAUUUCAAUAAUUUUAAGUUUGUUGAUGGUCGGUCCAUAAUGGACCAAUUUCAUGAAUUACAACGAAUCUAUGGGAACUUGAAACAACAUGGUAUUUCUAUGGAUGAAUUGUUUGUAGUUUCAAGUAUAAUUGACAAGUUGCCUGCUAGUUGGAAAAGUGUUAAGCAUGAGCUUAAACACAAGAAAGAGGACAUGUCUUUGUCCGAGUUGGCCACCCAUCUUCAAGUUGAAGAAGGGAUAAGAGCCAUGGAAAGUGCUAAGGAUGGGAAUCCUAGCUCAUCUACCAUUAAUUUGGUAGAGGAAAGAAAAACUGGUGCUUCCUCUAGUGGAAAGAGGGAAGAAUAA